AACAGCGGUGCGGUGUGGGUGUGUGUCGCUGGUCGCUCGUCUCUGUGACUCGCCGCCUCACCCUUCGGUAGCCUGUGACGGGGAGUGUUUUUUUCGGCGGCUUGAACCUCUUGGGGGUAAGGAGGAGGAUAAGUGCGGAGGCUUUCAGUGGUAGAGGUCAGGUAAUGAACGAAUCGGUGAGGCGGAAAAAAUUAAUGAAGUGACGCUGAUGUACACGAGUAAAUGUGACUUGUGGAGAGAGGAAAACAUACUCCAACAAUAAAGAUAAAACAGAAUCAGUGACGCGAACAAAACAAGAGGACUGGCAAAGAACAAAUGAACAAAAAACAAACAAACAAAACAAAAACGAACGUAAAGAAAAAAAAAACGUGAUAUCCCAUGAAAAUGAACUAGAUAAGUUAAGAACCUAAGAAAAUUAACAGAAAAGGGAACACACGUAGAUUUUCUAUACAUAAACUAUACAGUAGAUAGCAUAUAGUUACUAAGAUAGAAAAAUAAGACUGAUAGCGAGUGUUGACGAUAAAUAGAAUUACUACUACUACUUCUACUACUACUGCUAUUACUACUACUACUACUACUACUACUACUACUACUACUACUACUAUUACUACUACUACUACGACUACUAUUACUAGCAGUACUACUACCAACACACAAGCAAGACAAGCCUAAGUUUAAGCCAGCGUCAACAGCAAGUCAUCACUCCUUUCUCUAACACCCCCGGAUCUACUACAGCUCCCCCACCCUCACCUCACAAAGGUCCACAAUGGCUCGGAAGCUGCAGAAAUUUAUGAUCCUCUUCGACAACCCGAACCUCCUUUAUUUCCCUGGUCACUUCAUCUCCGGCAGGGUGAUUGUGGAGCUUGAGGAGGACACUUCAGUACUGGGUGUGUACUUCCACGUGGUCGGUGAGGGCGUGGUGCGCGUGAUGGACAGACGCCAACACAUCUACACCGAUAAGGAAAACUACAUCGACUUCAGGAUGCGUCUUCUUGGCGAGCCAGACGAGCGAUACCCCAUGGAGAACGAGGAACACCAGACGCCCCGGGGUCAGGGCCCCAUCCUGCUGUCUCCGGGGAUCCACAGUUUCCCCUUCAAGCUGGGUCUGCCACUCGGCUUGCCUUCCACCUUCCUGGGCAAGCACGGCUGGGUCCAGUACUACUGCAAGGCCGCCCUAAGGGAACCCAACGGCCUCACGCACAAGAACCAGCAAGUGUUUAUCGUCAUGAACCCGAUCGACCUCAACGUGGAGCCUUCCAUCCUGGCGCAACCCUUCCACUGCGAGAUUGAGCACAACUUGGGGAUGACGUGUCUGUCGCGUGGCCCUGUCUCCUGCCGCGUAAGGCUGGACCGAGGAGGUUACGUGCCCGGUGAGACCAUCAGUGUGUGGGCCAGGGUGCAGAACCAGAGCAAGGUUACCAUCAAGAAGACCAGAGCCUGUCUCACUGAGACGAUCCAGUACAUGUCGAAGAGCAAGGUGGUGCAGACGGAGACGCGGGAGCUGUCCUCGGUGGCUCGCGGGAAAGUCAAGCCGAGCGACACAGACGACUGGAAAAACGAGCAGCUGUACGUGCCGCCCCUGCCUCCCACCAACUUGCGCGGGUGUCACCUCAUCCGCAUUCAGUAUGACGUGUUUUUCAUCAUUGAGCCCAACAACCUGGAGAAGGAGAUCAGGCUGCAGCUGCCGAUCAUGAUGGCCACCUACCCUUACCGCAACUCUGACGGCACACUCAAGAAGAAGCGCGGCGCCCAGUACCCAGAUUCGCUGCCCAUCUUCAGGCCCUGGCUCAACAACAAGUCCUUCGAGUGACAUCCACCACACCCACCACACUCAAGUCCACCACAGCCUCUAGCUUCUUAACCUUCGUCAACGCCUCCGUCACGUUCCUUAGCCCUGCGGUUCAAGCUCUCUCUCUCUCUCUCUCUCUCUCUCUCUCUCUCUCUCUCUCUCUCUCUCUCUCUCUCUCUCUCUCUCUCGCUCCGUUACGUGAUACACAGAUAACUAGACUGAAGGAUAUAUUCUUAAACGCUUUGUUUUCUCAACUCCCAUCACGACUGUUUUCAAAGACCACAGAGAUGAAUAUUCAAGUUUUCAUGAGUGUUUACUUCCUGGUGAUGCAGAAUUAUUCUUUAACUGUCUACUAGUGUCAGGAGGGCACCCUUGACACACCCAAUAACUUCCACUAGAGCCUGUUGAGUGGUCCAGGGGAAACGCUGAUAGGUUUGAAAUUCAGCGCCUAAGAGUUUCGAGGAAGGAACUGACGGGGAAUUGAGUUCUAUGGAUUUCAAGCACCAAGCCAAGUUGUCUGUGAGGUGCUGAUGUUGUAAUGUUUAUAUUACGUGAAUAAACUGAAGCUUGGAUGAAAACGAUAUAAUGUUAGAUAGAGAUGAUGUAACAGUUAUCAAGGAAGCGAAACUACUUGCUAUAUACAAUAUUUCAGGUACUGGUUAAAAGUUGAAAGAAUAAUGAAGAUAUUUUGGUUUUCCGUGUUUAGGUAACCUAUACACAAAUAUUCUUUUUUUUUCUUUUCUUUUCUUUUUUUUUUUUUUUUUACUUUUCACGAAGGUGCAGUAUUGUGAUUUGUUUUGAAUUUAUUUCUGACUCUUGUACGUACAUCAGGAAACUAUUUUGUGUGAUAACCAAUGAUUUGUGUACAGACUGAAUUUUUGUUUAUUCAUCUUAUGUAUUGAGAUAUAUGAAUAACUGUCCAAGUUAUGAUGACCUGAUGAAAUGUACUUAAUAAAACUGAAGGGAUGGAAACCUAUUAACAUUUUUAUGGGAGCGGGACUGGAGCAGCAAAACAUUUUCUAACACUACUCACUAUCUAAGUCUGUUCAGAUUAACUCAGCCUCGUCUUUUCCAUCCAGCGACCGUCCCACGCGUCCUUCAGUCCUUCCGCGUAAUGAUAACUGUGGAAUCCCUCGUCAGUGUGAGGCAACAGACCACAGUGGUGGCGGGGCAAUGCUGGCCUCUUGUUUGCUGCUUCCACGCUCAAUCUCCUUCCUCUCGCCCACACCCGAGGCUUUACACGAUGCUCAAAAAGUUAUGAGAACGACGAUGAAGGUUCAUGAAGUGUGUAACUUAUCCUCAUGGAAACAAGGCUCCUACGUCUACUUACAUAUUAUCAUUGUUGUUGUUAUUAUUAUUAUUAUUAUUAUUAUUAUUAUUAUUAUUAUUAUUAUUAUCAUUAUUAUUAUUAUUAUUAUUAGUUUUAUUUUCAUCAUUAUUAUCAUUAUUACAACUGCCACUCUUGCAGCUGUACUACUAGUAUAUCAGACAAACUAUACAGAAAGGGAUCAAACCAAGAGCAGCAGCACGUCACAGAGAGUUUAACGCCGUUCCCUGUGCCGCGCCUGGCAGGCUGGCGAGGCGGAGUGAGGUGGGCGCGCCAACACUCCCCCACUCUGGCGGCAGAGUGUUCCCGCCGCCAGCCAUUGCCGCCGCGGCCUUCAAAGCGCGAUGCCGUUUCAAGUUUCAAGGCAGCCAGUUUCUGCUCACGUGUCUAGCGUAAAAGCUUAAGCUUCACUUAAUGCUGUCUCCGCUGCUGCAGGUGGUGCGCCGCUGCAUCAGAGUCGCCGCGUGCAGUAAUGCAUACAUGCUGUGCUUGGGACGCGCUUCGCAACACCUGCUUGUCAGGACCACGCGCUGGGCAGCUGCACGCGUCACGCCACAAACUGCGGUGUGGCGGUGCCAAGAGGUCAACACUUCCUGAGCCAACCAGUGAUGUACGAGUACCUCACCCCGCCCGUGUGGCGCGAGGCGGCAGCCGCUGACCCGGCGAGUAAGGCACCACCAGGAUGGUGUUUGGGAACAGCUUGACAGUUUUCGUAAAGGGUGAAACACACUGGCAGCUGAUGCCUGGCGCUCCCCGCAACACCUACCCAGGCCGAGCAUACAGCAGGUGUUCAAGAGGCACAACACUCUGCAUUCAUCGCUGGCCACGCACUUCUGUACACCCACGAUGAAUACACUUCUCUUUUGUAGUCAUUAAGCCUUCGAAACUGAUGUGACGUAAGUAAUGUGACGUUUAUGAAAAUGCUCCUUUUCCUUUUCUUACGCGACACACACACACACACACACACACACACACACACACACACACACACUCUGCUGCCUUCCCUCCUCACUGUAUCACACCCGCCACGGUGCCAUACCUCCCCGCAGCAAGGAACUCCCCAACACUCGCCACACACUGGUCGCCGCGCUGCCGUCAUGUCUGUCUGUCUGCCCGUCACUCUUCCUACAAGCGUCACUCUUUCAGAAAUGCUUCCAGGAUGAAGUUGAACUUGUCAUUUGUUGCUGUACAUUGUCGGUAUUUUGUUGUUUAUGAUGUAUGCUUAUCUAUGUACCUAUCUAUCCAUUUGUCUAUCCAUUUAUUACCAAAGUUUUGUUUAUGGAAGUCUUUUAACUGCUGUCAAUCCCUGUCACUUAGAACCAUGAUUUAUUCACAGCUAUGGCUUAAUUUGUAGACAGUUUUUUCUAAAUAAAGAUUCAUGAAA